CUUGACAGCUGAUCUAAUUUUUUUAGUUAGCAUAAAAACAAAAAAUCGACUUUGUUGUUAUGGCAGCUAAUUUUGUCUUCACUGAGAUACUUUUCAUAAAUAUUUUUAUUUGUGUAUUACCAAUUUAUUUCGCUGACAAACCUGAAUCAGUGCUUUCCAACGGAAAUUCGUUUGAAGAGGUCGAAAUGGCAGCAAAGCAGUUAUUCAGUCAAGAUUUUGAAGUUUUUGGAAAAGUACAAGGAGUUUUUUUCCGAAAGCAUACAGAAAAGCAAGCUAAGCAGUUUGGACUUCGUGGGUGGUGCAUGAAUACUUCCCAGGGUACCGUGCGAGGACAAAUGGAAGGCGAAUUAAAUAAAAUCAAUGAAAUGAAAUAUUGGCUACAAACCAAAGGUAGUCCAAAUUCGCGUAUAGAUAAAGCCGUUUUUUCGGAAAUGAAAGAGAUUCCCGAUUACACUUUCAAAGCUUUCACAAUCAAGCGUUAGGAGGAGACAAGUGACAAUAUAUUGUAAAAAAUCUACUGCAGUGGAUGUUUAUGGAUGCAACCCUGAAAGUAGAUAAAGCAGUUAGUAGAAGAGGAGCAUGACUUUUGCACAUUUCAGUGUGAUCAUUGCGCACAAUUCUGUGAAAUUAUAUUAUUAAAUCGUGGAAAAUUUAUUCAGUGAAAGUAAAAUUUAGAAAAAGCCUA